GAGUUGGUGUUGAUGACAUGUUCAUCCUGAUUGCUGCUUGGGAACAAAGUUCAAGAAGAAAAGAGAAAUCCGAUGUUAGGUCUCGGUUGGCCGAGACUUAUGCAGAAGCAGCACUUUCUGUGACCAUCACCACUCUCACUGAUGUUUUGGCCUUCUUCAUUGGCACCUGGACUGCUUUUCCAUCCGUGAGAUCAUUUUGCCUCUAUACAGGCACAGCUUUUGUCUUCUGCUAUAUAUAUAUCCUGACCUUCUUUGGGGGAAUUAUUGUAUUGAAUCAUAGAAGGGAGCAAGGAAACCGACACUGGCUAACGUGUAUGCCUGUGCAGGUAGGUAAAGGUCAGGCUGAGAAGUCCUGCUUGUACAAUGCUUGCUGUAUCUGCAGCUGUUCUGGGGAGUCAUCUUCGUCAGAAAGUGAACAUCCAAUGAGCACAUUCUUUAAAAAGUAUUAUGGUCCUUUCUUCACAAAUACGUGGAUCAAGCUACUUGUGGUGUUGCUGUAUGGAGCAUAUUUGGGUGUAAGUAUUUAUGGAUGUACUCAAGUCAGGGAAGGCAUCGAUCUUCGAAAUCUGGCCAGUGAUGACUCUUAUGUUAUUCCAUUCUAUGAUGACAACAACAAAUACUUCUCAACGUAUGGAUUCAGGAUCAUGGUUGUCGUUACUGAAAGCGUAGAUUACUGGAAUGAGACUGUUCGUCUUGGCAUUGAGAACUGCACACAGAAUUUAGAGGCCAUUUCCUAUGUCGAUAAGAACUUCUCGGAGUCAUGGCUAAGAGUAUACACAAAUCUUGCUGAAAGUGGUUUGAUAAAUAUAAGCAAUAAGACUCUUUUCAUUAAUAACUUACCUGUGCUGUUCGAAAUUGUUCCCAGUUUUGAGUGGGACAUUAACAAGACCCAGGAUAAAAUAGAAGCUUCGCGUUUCUUCAUCCAGACGGUGAACGUGACCUCAUCCAUUGAUGAGAAGAAUCUUCUCAAUCAGUUAAGAGAGACAGCCAAGCAGUGCAGUAUCCCAUUAAUGGUGUAUCACCCAGCAUUCAUCUACUACGAUCAGUUCCUGGUAAUAGUGCAGAACACCGUUCAAAACGUCAUCAUUGCUGCUGGGGCAAUGCUCGUCAUCUCCCUUUUGCUUAUUCCCAACCCUCUGUGUUGCGUGUGGGUGACUUUUGCUAUAGCUUCUGUUAUAGUUGGUGUUGCUGGUUUCAUGACCUUUUGGGACGUCAACCUUGAUUCCAUAUCCAUGAUCAACCUGGUCAUCUGUAUAGGGUUUUCAGUAGAUUUUUCUGCUCAUAUUUCCUAUGCCUUUGUUACGAGUGGAGAAUCAUCAGCCAAUAAAAGGGCAAUCGAAGCUCUGUCCAUCCUAGGUUACCCAGUGUUACAAGGUGCAGUUUCUACUAUAUUGGGAGUCUUUGUGCUGGCUUUUGCAAAAACCUACAUCUUUAGGACAUUUUUCAAGAUCUUGUUCCUUGUUAUUUUGUUUGGGGGUCUUCAUGGUCUUGUUUUUAUUCCAGUGUUUUUAACUUUUUUUGGAAACUUUGGCAGAUCGCUCCACAGUACCAAAUCUAAGAAACUAGAGCUUAUGUCUAGAAAUUCUAAAGAUUGUCUGUGACCAAGUUAAAUAUGAUAUAUAUAGAUUAAAAUGCAGUGACUUUCUGGGAAUAUAAGAAAUGAAGAAAAUGAAGGACAGAAAAAUAAAUACAACAGGGAAGCAAAACUUACGUAAAGCCAGCCAAGACAAAUAACAGAAGAAAUGAAAACGUACAGAAUGGAUUUGCAUUGCUCAUUUUUGUAUGUGCUUAACUAACACUUCAAUGUUGUUGAACCUUUUUCUGUGACUUUUUUACUGAAUGUAU